AGAGCGAGAGAGAGGGAGAGUGCGAGAGAGAAAAGGAGUGCGCGAGAGGAUGUAGCUCACAGUCAGGGUGUAUCGUCGUGGGAGCGGUUUGCUCCUCCACACCAGACUUCAUCUCCCUGUGGAUAGAGAAGAGCAGGAGGAGGCGGCUCUCCUCCGGGUGUGUAGCCGACAUUGAUCGCUGAGCUCGCGGACACUGACACGGAUAUCACCGGAGGGAAGCAUGGAUGUGUUGCUGCGUGUGUUCCCCCUGUUCGUCCUGCGCGGAGCCUCCGCCGCGGCUCACUACAAUUGCAACAGUCCUCUGGCGUCCCCGUUACCCCAGUCGUCCUUUCAGAGUUCCACUCAGUCCUCCGUCGGCUCGGCCGCUCACUAUGCCAGGCUCAACAAACGAGACGGAGCAGGCGGGUGGUCUCCCCUGGUGACUGACCAGGAGCCGUGGCUCCAGGUGGACCUCCGGGAGCAAAUGGAGGUGACGGCGGUGGCCACACAAGGUUGUUUCGAUAGCUGGGACUGGGUCAGCAGCUAUAUGCUGCUCUACAGCGACACGGGCCGUGACUGGAGGCAGUACAAAUACGAAGAUGGUGCAGGGCAGAGGUUCGACGGGAACGUGAAUUCGGAGGCUGUUGUCCAGAACAAGCUGUCCCACUCGUUGAGAACCCGAUUCCUCCGUUUCAUCCCUCUCGACUGGAACCCCAGCGGGUGGAUCGGCCUGCGAGUGGAGGUGUACGGCUGCUCCUACAAAUCCUUUGUGGCAGACUUUGAUGGGCGAAGCGCCUUGUUGUAUCGAUUCAACCAGAAAUCCAUGUCAACAGUGAAAGACGUGAUCUCACUUCGGUUCAAGAGCCAUCAGGCCGAUGGCGUUUUACUGCAUGGAGAGGGUCAGCGGGGAGACUACAUCAGCCUGGAGCUGCAUCGAGGGAAACUGGACUUCUACCUCAACUUAGACGAUAGCAGGCUGCGCUUCAGCAGGACACGUGCAGCCGUCACCGUGGGUAGCCUGCUGGACGACCAGCACUGGCACUCGGUCCAUGUGGAGCGCUUCAACCGGCACGUUAACCUCACAGUGGACUCCCACACGCAGCACUUCCAAACCAACGGGGAAGGGCAUUCAUUGGAAGUGGAUUAUGAGCUGAGCUUCGGUGGAAUCCCUCUGCCUGGUAAACCCGGCACAUUCCUUGGCAAAAACUUCCACGGCUGCAUGGAGAACCUCUUCUACAACGGAAUCAAUAUUAUAGACCUGGCGAAGAGACGCAAGCGGCAGAUGCACAGCGCGGGCAACGUGACCUUCUCGUGCUCGCAGCCCCAGCUGGCGGCCUGCACCUUCCUGAGCUCCAACAGCAGCUUCCUGACACUUCCGUCAGCAGCGUCGGCCACAGGGGGCUUCUCUGUCCGCUUCCAGUUCAGGACUUGGAACAGUAAGGGACUGCUGCUGUCGCUGCGUCUGGACCCGGAGCCACACAGACUCGCGCUACACAUCAGCAACAGUCGGCUGCAUUUGACCCUUCACGGCUCGGGGAGACAGAAGGCGGAGGUCAUCUCAGAUUACCAAGUCAGCGACGGACUCUGGCAUUCAGUCAGUCUGGACACCCGGAAUUUACUCGUCACUCUGACUGUUGACGGCAACUCAUCCACCACCAUGGAUCUGAGGGAACCCCUGGAGCAGCGAAGCCACUUUUAUUUUGGAGGCUGUCCAAGCCCUGACUGUCAGGAUCAAUCUCCCGGCUUCCAGGGAUGCAUGCAGCUCAUCUUCAUUGGCGGCCAGCCGGUCAAUCUCAGCCUGGUGCAGCAAGGAUUGCUGGGAGACUCUAACAAGGUCCAAUUUGACACAUGCUCGAUAAGUGACAGGUGCCUCCCGAACCUCUGCGAGCACGGCGGGCGGUGCACCCAGUCUUGGACGUCCUUUUACUGCGACUGUUCGGGAACCGGAUACUCCGGAGCGACCUGUCACAACUCCAUAUACGAGUCGUCCUGCGAGGCCUACAAGCUGAUUGGCAGCUCCUCGGGUUUCUUCUCCAUUGAUCCAGAUGGGAGUGGUCCCCUGGGGCCCGCACAGGUGUACUGCAACAUGACAGAUGACAAAGUUUGGACGGUCUUGGCUCACAACAUCACAGCUCCAGUCAGACUCCAGAGCUCCUCCCAGCACAGACCUCACAUCAUGACUUUCAACUACAGCGCGUCGUCCGAACAACUUCAGGCCAUCGUGUCCAGGUCUGAGCACUGUCAACAGGAAGUGGUUUACAACUGCAAAAGGUCCCGACUCUUUAACACCAAAGAUGGCAGCCCACUGUCCUGGUGGCUGGACCGAGAAGGAGAGAGAAGGAGCUACUGGGGUGGAUUCCUACCUGGAGUGCAACAGUGCUCCUGCAGUCUAGAAGAAAACUGCAUCGACAUGAACUACUUCUGCAACUGCGACGCUGACAGGGACACAUGGGCGAAUGACACCGGGAUCCUGUCUUAUAAGGACCACCUGCCCGUCAGCCAGCUUGUGAUCGGGGACGUCACCAGAGCAGGCUCCCAGGCUGUUUACCACGUCGGACCUCUUCGUUGCUUUGGAGACAAAUCGGUGUGGAAUGCGGCCAAUUUCUACCAGGAGUCUUCUUACAUCUUCUUCCCCACCUCGCAUACGGAACCCACAUCUGAUAUUUCCUUCUACUUCAAAACCAGUGCUCCCUCGGGGGUGUUCCUGGAAAACUUGGGCGUCAAGGAUUUCAUCAGAGUGGAGCUCAGCUCCCCCUCCGUGGUGUCUUUCUCCUUCCAAGUGGGCAACACUCCGACAGUCCUGUCUGUAAAGUCCCACCUCCCGUUGAACGACAGGCAGUGGCACUACGUGAGGAUGGAACGCAACGUGAAGGAAGCUCUGCUGCAGGUCGACCAGCUACCUGUACGUUUCUUGGAGACUCCAGCUGACAGACAUCUGCCCAUUCAGCUCGGAAGCCAGCUGUUCGUAGGAGGCACGGCGUCUCUCAAGAGGGGCUUCUUGGGCUGCAUCCGCAGCUUGCUGGUCAACGGUGUGACUUUCGAUCUGGAGGAGCGGGUGAAGGUGACGCCGGGGGUGAGCGCUGGCUGCCCUGGUUACUGCAGCGGCUCCAGCAGCCUCUGCCACAACAGAGGGAGGUGUGUGGAGAAGAGCAACGGCUAUGCCUGCGACUGCUCCCAGUCGGCCUAUGGAGGAGCCUCCUGUGACCAAGAGGUGUCGGUGUCCUUCGACAGAGAUUCCUCGGUGACCUACACCUUUCAGGAGCCCUUCUCAGUGAUGCUGAACAGAAGCUCGCAGGCCUCCAGUGUGUCGGUGGAGAGCAGCAGCAGCAGCAGAGCAAGAGAGGACAUUUCCUUCAGCUUCAUCACCUCCCAGAGCCCCUCCAUGCUGCUGAUCGUCAACACCUUUAGUCAGCAGUACAUCGCCGUCAUCCUGGCGAGGAAUGGGAGUUUGCAGAUCUGGUAUCACCUUCACACUGACAGAAAGCCAGACGUGUUCACCCCCACUGACAGGAGCCUUGCAGACCGUCGACUCCACAAAGUACACAUCCACCGAGUGGGAAAAAAGCUUUAUGUGCAGAUUGAUCAGGACAUCAACAAAAAAUACACGCUAUCAUCCGACGGAGAGCUGAUCCUUAUCCGAACUGUGACAUUGGGCAAAGUCGUCCGAGGGGAGAGUUUCAGCGAGGAAGUCGUGCAAGCGGCCUCCAAAGGUUUCGUGGGAUGUCUCUCCCUCGUGCAGUUCAACAACGUGGCUCUGCUGAAGGCGGCGUUGACCAAUCGAGGGAGCUCACUGGUCACCAUUCGAGGACCUUUAGUGCAGUCCAACUGUGGUUCCCUGCCAGACUCUUCAUCACACACCCUACAAGAUCAAGCUGUAACACCGGAUAAUGAGAAGAAGCAGUUUGGCCAUGAGGCACAGGCAGAUUUGGCUGUAAUAGCAGCAGUGGUCGCAGCAGUGGUCUUCAUCGCCGUGUGCGCUCUGGCAGUGACGGCCCGCCUCCUCUACCAGCGGCGGCAGGCUCAAAGAGACAGCAGCAGCAGCAUCAAACAGGAGCACACUCACAGCAUGUACACAGACUACAGGACAGAGAUGCACCUCCACAACUCGAUCAGAGAAAACAUGAAGGAGUACUACAUCUGACGACAAAGUGCAGCCUGAGGGCUCAAGCCUCAAACUAACUUCUGCCCUUACAGACUCACGGGUGCUGCUGCAGGAUUCCGUACAAAGCAUCUCCAGGAACAUCCGACGAAUAACCCUGAAGGUCCACUUUCUAAAUGCUCCUGCGCAAACAGGCGGCCGACUUUUUACAGCUGUUAGUGUUUGUUGCUGUUGGUUGUAUUUCAGCUGCUAAGGUUUGUGUCGUGACUAAGAGGACGAGGGAAGACGCAAGCGGAAUUUGGAAUGCUACAGUUUGUUUGACAUGUCAAUAUACCCCGGAAUGCGAAGGAGGCCAAGGUCUGUAAGGUGCGCACAAACCUGCUGCUGUCUUUGUUCUUUUCAAUGAUGGUCAAUGUCGUAGAAGGAAAGGGGCCAAUACUGCCUACACUGUAUGAGUGCCUAAUUUCAAUAAGAGUUUUAUUUCACUAUUUAGAGCUGGCGCGGGGAUUUCAAUAGACGAGAGCUUACUGUCAUUCUUCUCCGCAAAAGACGAUACAGAGACUUUGCUGGCUUUUUGCAGAACGUUCCGCCAUGUUCACCUUUUUGUUUUUACGGAACUCUUGGACAAUGGACCUGAACACCGGAGAAUGUCCAUCUAUUCCAGGAGGCUUGCAUAUUUUUGUUAACUCUGUUGGUAGCCCUCAGACUCCUAUCCUUGAGUAAAACCUUGUGCACCUUCUGGACUGCAGUCAUCCAGUUGUAGACAAGAUUUAACCAAUGACUAAAUGAAAGUGUAACUUAACUUUUAUAAUUGUGUUCUCCUUGUGUAUUAUU